UUAAUCAAACAGUUGAUGGACGAGACAUUGAGGACGAAAGCAUCGUUAGAUAAAAAGUUGGAUGAAGCAUGUUUAAAAUAUCCAAACAACGAGAAUGUGAUAAAGCUUGUUAGGCAGUAUGACAAAGCGUUUAGCGGCGAACAUAAGAUGUCAAAACUGAUAACUGUUACGGGUACAGCUGAUAGUAGCAAAAAAGACAAAGAGUACACCAUGACGGGUCAUGUGGAAGGAGUGAAAGGAUCGAUGGAAGGGGCGGGUAAGCUGGCAGAAACGUUGACGGAUGCGGACAGAGGUGUCGUUGACGAACAAGGGGAGGGAAAACCGCAUGAUGAAAAGGAAGUGGAUUUUUCGAUACCAAGUUUCAUGUUGUUACCACAAAGUUCACAAAGCUCGCCAAGUCUAGAAGCCGAACCAAGUGUGCAUGGGAAUGCUAUUGAAAUGAAUGAACCACUGAACGACGAUGAGAAACUGAUAUGGCAAUACUUGUUGACGGUUAUGGACGAUAAACGAUGGGGAGAAAGUAAUAAAAAAGGCGAUAGAAAGAAUGAUGACGAUGACAUAGACGUCCAAGAUGAGUUGACGGAGGUGAAGUGGACAUUCAACAACUAUAUAUUUGAAACUCAACAUGGAUUGUCGACCAGAGCGUUUUGGAUAAACACACUUGAAGAAGGAAAGUGGGUCUCUCAGAACGUAAUAGAUUGCUGGGCUGCACUGUUGAACUAUACGGAGAAGAAAGAAAAACCGUCAGGGAAAAGGAGGUUAUGGUGCUAUACCACAACAAUCCCAGAGUUUAUGCUAAAGGCGAAACAAACAGAAAAAAGGGCGUAUGCAACAAUAACAUCACACCUGAAAGAGGUAGUUGAGUGUGACAACGAGCUGCUGAAGUUGAGAGAUUUCAACAUUAUAAUUGUACCAAUGAUUGAAAGAAAACACUUCUACAUAAUUUGUUUUGAUUUGGAUAACGCAACGGUUGAAGUGGUUGAUAACAUGCAUGAAAGCUUCGCGUACUACAAGAUGACAUCAGGGAAAGGAACAAGUUUUAGAAGUUUAGGAUCGCCUUCUAAAGUGAAACAUUACGUUGUUGAGUAUUUGAAGCAUGUCGGACACCCAGCGGCAUCACGCAUGGUGAACGCAAGUGUGACAAGAAAGAGGCUGGGAUGGGAAACAACUGACAAUUUUAUUGACUGCGGUGUGUUCACAAUGCGACACAUGGAAGCGUAUAAAGGCAGUGACGUUAGCUUUGAAUGUGGUUUUAGUACCAAUAAAGCCGUUCAGAAGAUGCAGCUGAAAAAUUUGAGAAUGAAAAUUGCGACAAAGCUGCUGCUGUCAGACGUAAACGUAUACAAAGAAACCGUUAUGGAGACGGCAAAAGAGAUGAUAAAUGGAAUGAGAGAUGAAAGGGUGUUGAAGCUGUUAAACGAAGAGGCAUCGAAACAAGAACAAUGUUGGAGGAUGCUUAGCAAAUGGAAAACAGAUCAGAAAUAAGCCGUGUGUGUAGGUUACAACUUAUUUCACAUUUCAUGUUGGUUGUUGUUUGGUUAUACAUUUUACGCGAUUGGUUGGUUAGACGUGGGUAAUUGUUGUUGUGGUGCGGGUUGAUAACAGUAGGUACUUGGUUAACU